AUGUCCUCUGCAAUCACUGAGGACGCCAUCGCCGCCGCCACUGCCGCCGUCCUGGCUGCUGCGGCUGCCAAUGCCCUCGCUGCGACCACUGCCAGUGCUUCGAGCACGGCUGCGGCGAGUGGGAGCUCGUCCUCCGCUCAAACGCCGGCACCGGCCUCGUCCGCUUCGCUCUCCGACUUCCCCUUUGCCACCGCCGCCGCCGCCACAGCCUCAAUGCCGUCCUCCAGCUUGUCUGCGUCUGGAUCUGGGACGGGGCCUGGGACGGGGACGGGGAUGGGGUCUGGUUCAGCUGCCGUCCAUGGCUUCUGCCUCUGCCAGUCGCCAGCAAUCCCGACCGAAGGCCGUCCGACAGUCACCUGCGACAACUGCAGCGUCGGAUGCCACGCAGACUGUGUCAACCUAUCGCAGGAAGUGGUGCGGAUUGUCGAGAGCUACGUCUGCCCGCUCUGUCGAGCUGGCGUGGGAUCAAAGUAUUGCACAGCAGCGUGCGGAAUCAGCGUGGCUGCUCGCGCAAUCCGGCGAGUGCUGCCGCCAACGCAAGCUCAAUGGAACCAGCAGUCUCACGUCACUUUUGCCGUCGCAGCGGCGACCGACGACGACGAGCGCGUGUUGCAGCAGCUGGAAGAGACGAUGGAGCUCCGAAAGCAAGAGGUUCUCGCCAUCAAUCAAACCAUGCGCGACCUCAUGCUUCAUCUCGCUCGGAUACCCAAUCUCAAGCCAGAGUCCCCUGCAGAAAGCACGCCAGUGAAGCGCGAGCGCGAGGACGGCGGAUCUGACCACGACGACGAUGCUUCUGACGGCGAUGACGAUGACGACGACGGCAAACACGCGACCAAAAAGCGUCGUGUUGAUGGUGCCGGCGACCUCGGCGAGGUUGACUGCUUUUCCUGUGGCUCGUCCCUCACUGGCCUGUCGAUUGUGAAGCACUUGGAGUCCUGCUUUGCAAAGGUUUCACAACGUGUCCCAACCAUGGGCUGGGUGGCAGGAGACGCUGCGGAGAAUGACGUCUUUUGCAACUAUCAAGAGUCAGUCGAUAGCUACUGUCGCAAUCUUGCGAUAUUUUGCACACAGCACAACCGCAAAAUGAAACGCAAGAAUAUCAUCCGGCAAUACACAAACAAGGAUGUCUGUGGACAUCUCGAAACAAACGGCUCGUGCUGCAUGCUCAAGCGAGGCGAUUGCAAGCUGCAUGUUGGUUGGGAAAAGAUUCGGGUGGCAGAGCUCAAAGUCGAGGCGAUGGUCAAGAUACAACAAUUCGGCAAGGCUAUGAUGCUUGCCACCGAUGCCAAGCGAAGGCUGUCGUCACGAGAAUGCGGAGCGGCUUUGAGUUUACAUUCUACCACUCGGCACUCUUAA